GAAACAAGAAGAAAAAGUCCAUAACCUAAAUUUCUAAAUAAAUAUAGUAGAUUUUAAGAAAAAUAAUUGUAAUAUAGUUUUAUUAAUGAAUUAAAAGCAUAAUAAGUAACAAAAAUGUCUACUAGAUGGUAUCCCAUAUAUCAAAAAGGUGGGCCCCAGUUGAGGGUGUUCCUUCCAAACUUCUGGAUGAAACUGGUUAGGCCUCCUCAUGCGCAACCCGCUAAUAUCGUUACCUUUUCCUGUUCUAUGGAAAUGACUAAACACGAUAUUAAAAAUUAUUUAGAAAAAAUUUAUGAUGUUAAGUGUGCUGAUGUACGUACUAGGAUACACAUGCCGAAAACUAGAAGAGAGAAAACACACGGAUAUGUUGUCAAAGACGACGAUAUAAAAUACGCCUAUGUCACAUUGCCCAAAGGAGAGGAGUUUAAGUUUCCAGAUUUGUUUGAAGGCAGUGUUAAUAAAGAAAUGGAAGAUCAUAAGAAAGCUCUAAAGCAAGCCAAGGAGGGGUACCAAGAUUUUGUGUCUAAAAACAAAGAGAGACAGAACAUGCCGGGGUGGUUUACUUUAUAAGUAGUUAGUGUCAUGUAUGUUGUGAUUAUAAUUGUUAUAUCUAGUUUUUCUUAACUAAAAUAUAUACUAUUUAAAUUAGUAGUAUUCGUUUAUUUCAUUUC